AUAAGUCAUCAGGUCCUUCAUUACUCCUGUCAUAUUAGUGCAGAAGUGUCACUUUACUUGACUUUGUCUUUUCACCUCUCUCUCUCUCUCUUUCUAAUUAAUUCUAAGCUCAUUAUUAUGGAAUGUAACUUUGUGUCUCUCACCUUAUAAGUCCAGGGUUACUUCAAUAGUCCCUUCUUACUCUAUACUUCAUUCCUCUCAUCAGUUUCACUUUUUUCUUUUACCCAUUUCCAUCAAUUAAUUAAUUCUUCUUCCUCUUCUUCUACUACUAGCUGUUAAUAUUACCCUUUUCUCUUCACAGUCUCUGCUAUCCUUCUUUCCUUUUCUUUCUUUGGUGAAGGGUCUAAAGAUGGAGGCAGAUAAUGGUGAAGUGAAGUCCAAGAUGGAAGAUUAUGAAGUUAUUGAACAGAUUGGAAGAGGAGCUUUUGGUUCUGCUUUUCUUGUUCUCCAUAAAACUGAGAAUAAAAAGUAUGUACUGAAGAAGAUUCGCCUGGCCAAGCAGACUGAGAAGUUCAAACGUACAGCUCACCAAGAGAUGGAGUUAAUUGCGCAACUGAAUAACCCAUAUAUUGUGGAGUACAAAGACUCCUGGGUGGACAAGGGAAAUUGUGUAUGCAUAGUAACAGGGUACUGUGAAGGUGGAGACAUGGCUGCAAUUAUAAAGAAGGCUAGAGGCAUAUAUUUUCCAGAGGAGAAGCUCUGCAAAUGGCUGACUCAGUUAUUGCUAGCUGUGGACUACCUGCAUUCUAACCGUGUCCUCCAUAGAGAUCUUAAGUGCUCCAACAUAUUCCUUACAAAGGACAAUGACGUCCGCCUCGGUGACUUUGGACUUGCAAAGCUGCUCAACACAGAAGACCUUGCUUCUUCGGUUGUUGGCACUCCUAAUUACAUGUGUCCUGAGCUCCUAGCAGAUAUACCUUAUGGCUAUAAAUCUGAUAUAUGGUCGCUUGGCUGCUGUAUGUUUGAAAUUGCUGCCCAUCACCCAGCAUUUAGAGCUCCUGACAUGGCCGGACUAAUCAACAAAAUAAAUAGAUCCUCCAUUUCUCCUCUCCCAAUAGUGUAUUCCUCUUCAUUGAAACAAAUUAUUAAGAGCAUGCUAAGGAAAAAUCCAGAACACAGACCGACGGCUUCGGAACUAUUAAGGCAUCCUCACUUGCAAUCAUAUCUACUUCGUUGCCGUAAUGCCUCUUCUGUGUAUCUUCCAAUAAAGCCCAUUACCAAUUCAAAAGACAAAACAAAGAGAAAAUCAUUGUUGGGGAAACCUAGUGGUAUCAAAGACAAUAGGGACAGGGAAGUUAGGCCACUAAACCAGCCAGAAAAUGAUCAUCCAUUUCAGAGGAAUGUUGUACAACAAAGAAAAUCAUCUCACAUUGACAUCCCAACAUCAACAUCUAGUGCAGAAGACAACCUUGAGACAAAGAGGGUUGAUCCGACUAGCUACACUGUGGAAUUAUCGGAUUCUAUGACUGGUCCAAAAGACAGUUCCACUGAUUCUGAAACUAGUGUUUGUAAUGGAGAAAAGCAAUCUGAUUCUAGCCCUCUUGCUCAAAACGAUGGCACUGAAAUUGAGUUCACCUUGGAAAGCACACUAACCUCCCAGCAUGAAGUAGAGCCUACCUCCAAGCACUCUCAACAAUUGCGAGAGGUUGAUGUCAAAAUCGUUACCACAAAGGAUCAACUGCAUCCUUGCAACCAGAAAGUCAUUGAGGAAGCUCAAAUAGAGGAAGGCGGUGCCACAACCGAGGAUAGCAGGAAUUUGGCAGUGCCUAGUUUAGAUUGUAUUGAUAAGGAUACUUCCAAUGAUGAUAAAGGCUCACCGACAGCUAUAAAUGAACCUUACAUUGAGCCAGAACGCUGUUUACAGAAACCAGAAAGCCCUGACGUCUAUACAGAAGGAACUCACAUGGAUUACUUAUCAUCUGAUAAUAUUGAUAUACUUCCAUGUAAAGAUGAAAGUGUAGCAAAACCAGAUAACAACUGCUCCUUGGAAUUAGAGAAAGAUGAUUCUCAUGGCAUGAAACCCACAGCAAGUCAGAUUUCAUUGCUUAAUACACUUGCGGCAAUGCAUGCCAAUGAAACCAAGAAUGAGUGGGAGAAUCCAGGUCAGCAAAGAGCUGAUGCUCUAGAGUCUUUACUUGAGCUAUGCGCACGGCUACUGAGACAGGACAAAAUUGAUGAGCUUGCUGGUGUGCUGAAGCCAUUCGGGGAAGAAGUUGUCUCCUCUAGAGAAACAGCAAUUUGGUUGACAAAAAGUCUGAUGUCACAACAUAAAUUUAAUGGAGGGACCUAAAUGUGAGGUGAUUGCCGCUAAUUUAUUAUUACAUUGAGAAAAUGUAUCUAGUAUAUUGUGUUGACGUAAAAUUUGUUUCUUCCCGGAGUGUUGUUUGAUUGAGAGUAUAACUUAUCAAUGUAUUUAAACAGAUUGUUUCACUCACUGCUAGUUUCUGAUGCGAAAUAAAUUACUGUUUUCAUCUUU